AUGGCAUCUUUAAAGCCUAACAAUAACGGUAAUCCUGCAAAGAAAAUAGACAAUAAAGUAAAACCUAAAGAUAUUAAAAAGAAGACAAAGUUUUCUACUGACUAGGAAGAGGAGGGUGAUUAAGAUUAUGGUGAUGAAGAUAAUAAUGAUGAUCAAUGGUUUAGCGAUUCCUCUAACUCAGAUAAUGAGGAUGAAUCAAAAGAGGAAAGAGAGCCUCGACUUAUAAUGUAUGCAGCCUUUACCUAGUAUGAUGUAGUCAAGGAGGUGGGUAAAAUGAUCUUUAACUAUCAUCUGACAAAAAAUGAUCAGAAAGAUUGGGAUAUUGCUUGGUUUGAUGGAGCUAUCUCUCUUAAGCUUCUCUAGAGAAUGUGGCCUCAUCAGAGGACUAAUCACUUUCCUGGUAUGUAUAAUUUAGCAAGGAAGAACUGCUUAGGCAGGCAUCUAAUGCGAAUGCAGAAAUGGUUUCCAACUGAUUACGAUUUCUUCCCUCAAACGUACAUGUGCCCCACUGACUACAAAGAGUUCAAAUCAUAAAUCACUGCCAAGAGAAAUAAAACUUUUAUUGUCAAGCCAGAAGCUUCUUGCUAGGGUAAAGGUAUCUUCCUUACUAGAAACUUUGAGGAUCUUGAUCCUAAUGAGCACUAUGUGGUUUAGAGGUAUAUGCACAAACCAUACCUUAUUGAUGGCUACAAGUUUGACCUUAGAAUAUAUGUCAAUCUCGCUGGAGUGAAUCCACUAAGAAUAUACAUUUACAAAGAUGGCUUAGCGAGAUUUGCAACUGUUCCAUAUGAGUCACCUACCCCUUAGAAUCUGUCGAAUCUGUUUAUGCAUUUAACUAACUAUGCAAUCAAUAAAGAUAGUGAAAAUUUUGUGGUUAAUACUGAUGAAAAUCAAGAUGACGUUGGAAGUAAGAGAUCUUUUACGUCUGUUCUGAGAAAAAUAGCUGAAGAGUUUGGAGAGGAAAAAUGUGAGGAAGUCUUUGAGGGUAUCAAAGAUCUAAUCAUUAAAACGUUAUGUAUUGCCUAGCCAUACCUGUAGCAUUUGUAUCACAGUUGCUAGCCAGAUGAUUUAGAGAACUCAAUGUGUUGCCAAGUACUUGGCUUUGAUGUGAUGCUUGAUCAUACCUUAAAGCCACAACUUUUAGAGGUCAAUUAGAGUCCAAGUUUCACAACUGACUCACCUUUGGAUUAUAAAAUUAAAAAAGCUUUGAUAACUGAUACUAUAAAGCUGUGGAACCUAAGCAUAAAGAGAAAGCUUAGGACUAAAGGCAAUAAAAGAGCAGAAAUGCAACGAAGAUUACUUAAGAAUAAUAACUAGGUAACUUUACCAAUUAGAGACUAAAAAAAUAAUGAGAAGGGUAAGGAGAGUAAAGUAGAGGAGAAAAAGGACGAAAAGAUUGAAGGAGUUGAGUAGACUCCAAAGCCUGCAAUCAACCAGAAAGUUGCGCCACCUAAAUCACCAAAGAAUGACAAAAGACUGCUUAAACAGCAACUAAUUGAGGAAAGAGAAUAAUAACGAAAAAAGAAAAUGCUCCAGCGAGAAAAAAUUGAAAAAGAACUUCAAGGCGAUUACAUCUUGAUGUAUCCAUUAGUAUCUUACGAAGAAGAGUUUUAAAUUCUGGAUGAAAUAAAAGCAAAAGAGGAGCUUAACAUCAAAUCUAAUGUGACUGAAGAAGAUGAGCAAGAAAUUGGGAAGGAGUAUGGGCCACUUUGGCAGAAAUAAUAGAGAUAUCUACAAUACAUGGAGAAAGCAAAGUAGCUUUGGGAAUCUUUCACUUAGGGUAACGCAGCGAAUAAAAAGAAAAAGGAGCUAGAGUAAAAAGAGUAAGAAGAGAAGAUAAAGAAGGAGUAAAUAAAGAAAAAGCAGUUGAUGAUGCAAAAACUUAGGAAGUAGCAUGAAGAGCGAAGAAUGAAAGAAGAAGAAGAUAGGAAACAGCAAUAUGAGUUUAUGAUGGCAUAUCAAGAGAGAUAUCGCUAAGAAUAAGCAAAGAUGGUAAAUAAUCAAAUUCAUCACGAUGAGCCACUUACUGCAUUCAGUUACUCUCAGACCCAGGAUACUAGAUACUUAAAUUAGCAGGAUAAAUCCUUAAAUUAUAUGAAUCAAAACUAAAAUCACAUACCUAUUAAAGGGACAUAAAAUGGAUAGCAAGGGAUUUUUUCUUCUAGAAAUAUGAUGACCUAUGAUAGUUAGCAAUAAAAGAUAAUCUCUCACCAAAUAAUUGAGUUUCAACCUCAGAUUAACUUUUCUGCAAAGACAACUCUUAAAGACAAACUUAGUUAGGAUGCUAGAAUGACUUUAGACACUAGAAGAGUUGAUUCGUCACAGAAUCAAAUGCACGCAAAUUUCCAUUUACCUGAAGUGGGUAAAGCAGCCUUUUCUAUUAAGAAGCAAGUUCAUGAAGAUUAUGCGAAACUUACUGCGGCUAAUCAAGACCAUGACACUUCUCUCCCAGCAGUACCUGCCUUGACAUCUGGAUCACAAAAAAGAAAAGAUACUCCUAGUGAUAGUUAAUCACAAUCUUAUAAGCCUCCCCUCAAUGUAUCCUCAAAUUAGAAAAGACAAGAAUCAGGUUCUUCUUCCAGAUUAGUAAACAAAAAAUAAUCUAUAACCUAAGUCAUAAAUAACAACUAAAUUGCAACAAACCUCAAACUUAACGAACUGCUUUAGCUAUCAGCAAAUCAGUACUACUUGAACAAUAACCCACUUGGUCACUAAAUUCCAACUAAUCAAAAUGGCAGUAAACAGUCAAACAUUUAGCCUCAAAUAAUUCAAAAUAAGAUAAAUGAUACGUAGAUUAAUGGUGUAAGUCAUUAUUAAAUGCCUGCUAAUUAUGAGCUUAUCAGAAGUUUAUCAUUAGAUAGGAAGGAACUUCCAUCAAUCGGAUAAAGCUAAAUUGUGAAGAGUUCUCACUCUGCUUAGAAUUCAUAAUAAAGUAUAAAGUAAAAUAUCUAAAGCAAUCAAAUACAGCAGCAAUUGACAAAGAAAGCCCCGCCAAAAACUCAUAAGAGUGAAGUACUUACUGAUCCAGGAAUAUCACUAGGAGUGGUUGGUGAAAGAAAAGUACUAAUUAAUACUCAGUAGCAGUCAAGUGAUAUGUAUGCUGGAUUCUAUAAGAAAAAUAAGGCUCUCAACGUGAAAGAUAAGUCCCUUAGUAACAUUAGAAUUGGAAUAAACCCAGGUAUCAAUCAUAUUGGCAAUCUGAAUAACGGUGGAGGGCCUAAUUAUAUCAACACAAGUGAAUUAUAUAAAUUGACGCAUUGA